AUGUCGGCCUAUGACUACAAAAAUAAAGUGGUCGUGAUCACAGGCGGAGCAUCAGGGAUGGGCCUCUGCUUCAUCACGCACAUCCUGGCGCGCGGCGGACUAGUAUCUUUUGGUGAUAUCAACACGUCAUUGUCAAAGUCGCUCUUGCUCCAGAUCCAUGCCACGGCACCCCGGACUGUGUCGCGCUUGCUGUUUACGCGCACAGAUAUCAGAGAUGCGCGGCAACUUGAUAGCCUGAUGAAGCGCACUGUCGAGGUGUUUGGGCGUAUCGAUCUGCUUCUCUGCGUUGCAGGGGUCAAUGUGCCAGACUCAUUUAUCCCUGCCAUGGGCAAAGCGAAUGGUGAUCCGUCUGCUGUAGAAGAGGCGCCGAAUCUUCUCAAUAUUCAAGUCAAUUUGUGCGGCACUAUUGCGACAGUGUACAGCAGUCUGCAACAUCUCUCUUCUGAUGCAUGCAUCAUUAUCAUUGCAUCGACCACCGGCAUCUAUCCAAGUAGUGUACAGCCGCUGUAUAGUGCAAGCAAGCAUGGUCUCAUUGGGUUUGCUCGAAGUCUGGCACCUCUUCUUGCCCUCGAAACUGCCAAUUCUCCAAUCGACAAAGGACGGCGCAUCAUCGUCCUGGCACCCAGCACCUACCUACCUCCAAAACACCGGCAUUUGUCACCACCACCGCCAGAAAUUCCAGUUCCGGCCUCUCCCCUGUUUCAUGCUCCGGAGCGUAGUUCAACACCCCCAAUUCGCACGGACGACGGAGGAAGUGGCGAGGAUCUGUUCACAAAAGUGAUUGGCGAGACACUUGGUUUUGUGGAAAUGUCUACUAUCCUCGGAACUUUAGACAGAACACUCAAACAUGGCAAGAACGGUAAUGUGAUUGAAAUUUUGCCCGAUCGCGUCGCCAUGUCAAGCUUCCCCGAGACGCCUGAGAAGAUGGCAGAGAUGGAUGCGAAACUGCGUACAGCCCUGUGCGGUGGACAAAGAGCACCUGUGGCAGUCAAGGAAGAGGCCAUGGAUCAUUCUUGA